GGCAAAUGCUGAGAACAGCAAAGGGAACUUGAUACACAAGGAGUCAUUAUUGUUCAAGGGUCCGUCCACAACCUGGCAAUGCUGCCACAGUUUAGCAUGAUUUUUCUGCCGGCCAAAUAGUACUCUUCACCUUUAGAAUAGCUUUCCACACGGAAGAGAGUCUUAAGUUACAAGGAGAAGAUCUAAAUGAACUAGGAGUAGAUGAUGCCCCGCAUGUUUAGGAGAGUCAUCCCACUAAUUUAUAUAGGAGAGUCAUCCUAAUAAUGUAGCGGAACAAAUCUCUAAUAUGGUCAUCCCACUAAUAAUAUAGUGGAUUACUCUCCUAGAUAUAUACUCAAUUAGUGGGAUGAAUAUAUUAGAGUCUAAAUUAGUGGGAUGACUCUCCUAAUUUAUUUAUAUCUCAAUAAUAUAGUGGAAAAAAAUCUCUUCACGAUAAGAUAUUUUCGUUAACACCGGUGGUUGUGGAUCGAGCGUACAAGCGAUCGAAAGAGACGGCGGCAGUGGUGCGACGAGGACAACUCGUUCAUUAUGCAACCAGCCCAACACUGACUAGCUAUAAACACCACCACGCUUAGUCGUCACAGCGGGACGCCAUUCUCACCGUGAGUCCGUGACACCGUCGCACGCACACAACAAGGUCAGCCAUGGACAAGAAGAGGGUGGCCAUCGUCGGCGCCGGCCUGAGCGGCCUGGCGGCGUGCAAGCACCUGCUGGAGCGCGGCUGCCGGCCGGCUGUCUUCGAGGCGGACACCGUCCUCGGCGGCGUGUGGGCGCACGCGCCAGAGUGCACCAGGCUCCAGACGCCGCGGCCCAUGUUCCAGUACUCCGACUUCCCGUGGCCGGAGUCCGUCACGGAGGUGUUCCCCGACCACCGCCAGGUUGCGGACUACCUCUACGCCUAUGCGCGGCACUUCGGCGUGCUCGACUGCAUUAGGUUCGGCCGCAGGGUGGUCGGGAUGGAGUAUGUGGGCGUCAGCGAGCAGCAGGUGGCGGCGUGGGAGGACUGGGCUGGGUGCGGCCAGGCAUUUGGUUCCGGCGACGGUGAGUGGUGGCUCACGGUGGCCGACGUGGACGGCCUCGUGGAGGUACACAAGGCAGACUUUGUGCUUCUUUGUGUUGGGAGGUUCAGUGGUGUGCCCAACAUACCUACAUUUCCUAUUGGCAAAGGCCCAGAAGUGUUUGACGGGAAAGUGAUCCACUCCAUGGAGUACUCAAAAAUGGGAGGCAAAAAAGCUAGGGAGAUGAUCAAGGACAAGCGUGUGACUGUUGUUGGCUACCUAAGAUCAGCAGUAGACAUUGCAAAUGAAUGUGCAAACAUGAAUGGUACCAAAAACCCAUGCACAAUGGUAGUACGAACAAAGCGUUGGAUUAUACCAGACUACUAUGCUUGGGGUGUCCACAUAUCAAAUUUCUAUCUCACCCGCUUCGCCGAACUACUUAUUCACAAGCCUGGUGAAGGCUUUCUCCUCAGCAUGUUGGCUACUGUCUUGACUCCACUGAGGUUGAUGUUUUCGAAGUUUGCUGAGAGCUACUACUCCAUUGCAAUGAAGAAACAUCACAUGGUGCCUGACCAUAGCUUUUUUGAGGGAUUAGUGGCAUGUGUGGCUGCCAUUGCACCAAAGGAUCAUUACAAGAAUCUGGAGGAAGGUAGCAUCGUUCUUAAGAAGUCAAAAACAUUCAGCUUUUGUGAAGAAGGUGUGCAUGUAGAAGGUGAAUGUACUCCAGUAAAGAGUGACAUCGUUAUCUUUGGAACCGGAUUCAAGGGUGAUCAAAAGAUCAAGGACAUGUUCACAUCAGAAUACUUUCAGAGCAUAGUCGUUGGCUCAACAUCAACGACCGUGCCACUUUAUAGGGAGUGCAUCCAUCCAAAGAUUCCACAGCUCGCGGUCAUCGGCUAUUCAGAGAGCUUGACAAAUAUCUAUACAACAGAGCUUAUGUCCAAGUGGAUAUCACAUUUUAUGGAUGGUGGUUUCAGAUUGCCAAGUGUCAAAGAAAUGCAGAGGGAUGUCCUUGAAUGGGAGAAGUUCAUGAAGCGCUACUCUCGAGACUAUUUCCGUAGGUCAUGUGUUGGAAUUGUUCAUAUAUGGUAUAAUGAUCAACUAUGCCAGGACAUGGGAUGUAACCCAAGAAGGAAGAAGGGUUUUUUCUCUGAAUUAUUUGAGCCUUAUGGUCCUUGUGAUUAUGUUAAUCUUCACCCCAAGUAAUAGUAGAUCAUAUGUUUGCACUUGUGUAUAAGUUGUCUACCAGACCCCUCGUGUUUACAUACUUGCAUGGUUUCUUGUCAUAAUAUUGUACGGUAUUGUGCCUGGACCAGUUGGUGGCUUGUUCGGUCCACCAAUCUAGUGUAGUAAUAUCCAAUGUCAAGGAAGAAAUAAAAGCAUAGGCACAAUUAUUAUACCA